GGGUUGCCUUAUGGGAGGACAUGCUGCAAAGCAUUCUUGGCAUAGUUGUAGAACACCUCUUCAGCUCACACACACGUCACAUCUGCUCCGUGUGUGUGUGUGUAUAUAACGUGAUUCGUGGGCCGCUCGGGACUAUACAGGCAGAGAGAGAGAGAGAGACAGAGAGAUAGGCCGUCGCUGCAGCGUAGAGUUGGCUUGUUGAACACAAGGCUCUCUCUUGGGGAAGAUGUGGGUGUUUUCCGCGGCUCUGAUCGUAUGUGGGAUGUUGAAGUUGGCGUCCCCGUGCCCCAGGGAGUGCAGGUGCAGCGCCGCAGCCCCGCGGUGCGCAGCAGGAGUGUCUUUGGCGGCGGACGACUGCGGCUGCUGUAUGGCGUGCGGUCGGCAGCUCAAUGAGGACUGCGGCCGGAUGCAGCCCUGCGACCGCACCAAGGGGCUGAAAUGCAACUUUGGAGCAGGUCACGGAGCAGCAUACGGCAUCUGCAGGGCCAAAUCAGAAGGAAGAUCCUGCGAGUACAACAACAGGAUCUACCAGAACGGGGAGAGCUUUCGACCAAACUGCAGACACCAGUGCACCUGUAUGGACGCUGCUGUGGCAUGCAUCUCCCUGUGCCCCCACAAAGUGGCGCUGUCCAAACCGGGGUGUGAGAAGCACCGGUUGGUGAAAUCCCCCGGGCGUUGCUGUGAGCAGCUGGUCUGUUCGGAUGAGGGAGGAAAGAGAUGGAGACCUCUGAUCGAAGAGCCCGGCCCUGGGGAGACACUUAAGUCGGGACAUUUCUCGGACGCCAAGGAUGAGCUGGCUCUCGUUAGCGAUGGAUACAGCUCCUUUGCGGCUUCAACGACGGAACCUGACGGCCCCAUGCUCAUGUCGGGACCCGGGAGGUGCCUGGCCCAGAGCAACCCCUGGUCCCCCUGCUCUACGUCCUGUGGCAUGGGGGUCUCCGCCCGGCUGUCCAACAGUAACAGCCGGUGCAAGCUGACCAGGGAGACUCGGAUGUGUGAAGUUCGCCCAUGCACCAAAACUGCAUUCCCCAGCCCAAAAGCGUCUGGGAAAUGCAAUCCCACCGAGAAGGCCGCCGGCCGACCGGUGAAGUUGUCCCACAUGGGCUGCGGUAGCUUCAAGAAGUUCCAGCUCAGGUUCUGUGGGACCUGCUCCGACGGUCUGUGCUGCCGUCCCAACCGGACCCAGACAGUGGCCGUGCGCUUUGGCUGCGAGGACGGGAGGACCUUCAGCUACAACGUCAUGAUGAUCCAGGCCUGCAAGUGUGAGCCUGACUGCACCAGCGACGGCAGCUACGGACCACGGGUGUCCCCCAGACACGGCAACGCCGUCCACUGAUUGAUUGGUUCAUGAGGUUUGAGGGGGGGGGGGGCAGUUGAGACGAGGCAGACUUCUCCUGCUGAGGACUUUGGAUUUGCUUCAUAUUAUUGGAGCUUGAUGAUCUGCUUCAUUGGGAAGCUUUGUAGUAUUCAAUGUCUCUGUAUUUUUUUUUUAAGUCAAACCAACAAACCAACAUAUCACAUGUAUUAUGGCUCAGGGCAUUGCUAAAUGUGUAGUUAUCGCAAUAUGUUUCAUACAUAAUGUAUGCAUCAAAUAUAUCACAAUUGGCAUAUUUUGCACUGACGAUAUGCAAUGAAUUUUGCAUUAAUGUUGCAUUUGUCUGUUUGUUUCUAUCAUAUUCGGACAAUAUGCCCAUUCUUAUUCAGUGAUAUAAAACCCUACAUGCAUAAGACAUACAUAAGACAAUAUAGUAGAAAGGGAAAGAAGACACCGAUAGGCCUAACUUGAAGGCCUCCUACAACAGAAACCGGUCACAUUUCCAGCUGUAAGUAUGGUUAUUGCACCUUACUGACUAUUUAACUCUUGGAUUGUUUAUUUGUUUAUUUUGCACUCUUUAUAUUUGUUCCAUUCCUACUUUGUAUUGCAACUGCUGCACAAAAAUCUCCCUCUGGAUAAAUAAAGUAUUAUCUUGUCUUAAAUGGAUGUGGGCGACCACACAAAUCCAUAAUGACCCAAGGUACAGGAUGGGUCCCCUAGCCAUUAAUACUAUUAAACCAUCAUUAAACCCAACAAAACGGCGGAGGAUCAAA